CUUGAAUCUUUUUCGCUUUUGUCUUUCCUUGUCCUUUGAUUGUUGCCAUAAAUUAAUUAAUAUUCUCCUCCCUCUCUUCACUUGAAGACAUCCAUGCGGUGUCAGCUUGUGAAGAAGAAAUGUGAGAAGGAUCCUGCCUUAAGCAAGUGCCCACAAACCUCACCUCACAGUCCCAGUAGAGUGCAACAGCCCUGUCCAGCUCAUAUCUAAUGGGGUCAGAGCAAAAUCGAUUUCCUCAGCAUGAAAGACGAAAGAGAUGGGGAGGAUGUUGGGGUGCAUUUUCUUGCUUUGGUUCACAGAAAGGUGGGAAGCGCAUUGUUCCUGCAUCUCGCAUUCCUGACAAUAGUGGGCCAGCAUCUCAGCCCAAUGGACCUCAAGUGGUUGGGUUGACCAAUCAAGCCACAGGACUAGCUCCUUCUCUCUUAGCCCCACCUUCUUCACCAGCAUCCUUCACACAUUCUGCCCUUCCUUCCACUGCACAAUCACCUAGUUGCUUCUUGUCAUUAUCUGCUAACUCACCUGGUGGUCCUUCAUCUACAAUGUAUGCCACUGGACCAUAUGCUCAUGAUACACAGCUGGUGUCUCCUCCAGUGUUCUCAAAUUUCACUACUGAGCCAUCCACUGCUUCUUUUACUCCUCCACCUGAGUUGGCUCAUUUGACAACUCCCUCUUCGCCAGAUGUACCUUUUGCUCAUUUUCUCUCAUCUUCGGUGGAUCUCAAAAAUAGUGACAAGGGUAACUACAUCACUGCAAAUGAUCUUCAAGCUACAUAUUCACUCUACCCUGGAAGUCCUGCCAGUAGCCUUAUAUCUCCAAUAUCAAGGAACUCUGGUGACUGUUUAUCAUCUUCUUUUCCUGAACGGGAGUUCCGUCCACAGUGGGAUUCAUCACUGUCUCCUACGAAUGGAAAAUAUCAGAGAACUGGGUCUGGGAGGGUAUCUGGGCAUGACACAAAUGGUGUCACUAUGGCAUCCCAAGAUACAAAUUUCUUUUGCCCUGCAACCUAUGCACAAUUCUAUUUAGACCAAAAUCCUCCAUUUCCUCAUAAUGGUGGGAGAUUAAGUGUUUCGAAAGAUUCAGAUGUCCAAUCUACUGGUGGAAAUGGACAGCAGAAUAGGCAUGCUAGAAGUCCUAGGCAAGAUGUGGAAGAAAUAGAAGCAUACCGAGCAUCCUUUGGUUUCAGUGCAGAUGAGAUUAUAACUACCCCUCAAUAUGUUGAAAUUUCUGAUGUAAUGGAGGACUCAUUUACCAUGAUGCCCUUCGCUUCUGGUAAGUCAACAAUGGAAGAAAGCAUAGAGCCUUCAUUAAUGAAAGGAUUCAAAGCUCAGGAGACGCAGGUGGCAUUGCAGAGCCUGAGAAGUCUUAAAUCAGAUCCAGUGAGCAAGGAAGCACAUAAUCAGGCCCCCGUAUGUCAAGGAUAUGAAGAUCUUAAAUCACAAGGACAUUGUAGCAACAGCUCUGGAUUAAGUACACCUGACAACCGUACUCUCGGAGAUGAUGAGGAUAUAUUCUCAAAAAUGGAAUCUUCCAGAGUCUGCAGGAAAUAUCAGAUGGGGUUAUCGUGCUCUGAUGCUGAGGUUGACUAUAGGAGAGGAAGAAGCUUACGAGAAGGAAAGGGAAUGUGAUUUGGCAUGACUAAGAAUUAAUCAGUUGAGAACAGUUUGUCUGUUGUCUGUGUAUUAAUCUGUAGUUUUUGUUUUUUAAAUUAAAAAAUAUCUCUUUACUUGGGGUUGUCUAAUAGAUGGAAUGACCUAACUUAGAUCUAACCGAUUCUGUCCCUCGUGUUUGACCAGAUCUUACUGAUCAAUGAAUGUAGUCUCUUUCUUCAAGCGAGUUCAGAUUAA